UGUUGCUCUCUUGUUUGUUCAUUGUGAUACAGCAGUUUAUAUGCUGAAUAACGUUAGUUGGGUGAACGUUGAAAAGUUGCAAAACAAAAGUUUCGCGAUGGAAGUCGAUCAACCGAAUAUAAACGAGGUUUUUCCUCCAAUACCAGGACUGCUUUCGGAGGUGAGCGCAAUGUACCAACCUUAUGUGGAAAAACUUUACAACGAUAAUGGAAAAGUUGUGGUGGAAGGACUUACUCAAAUUAAGAACCUUGUGAUUGGGAAUAAUAAACAGAAGUCAAACUUUAUUGUAUUGGGAGCUGUCCCAAGGCUUGUGUAUUUAAUCCAACAUGAAAGUAGCGAUAUUUCAACCAAAACCCACUGUGCUGUUAUACUUGGUAGCUUGGCUAAAGGCAUGGAAGCGAACGUUAAGAGUUUGCUUGAUUAUGGUGUGAUGGAUGUCAUGUUUUAUGGACUACAACAACCAGAUAUAAAGUUAUACGAAGCAUGUUUACGUUGCAUACGAACCAUAGUAACAUCAUCUCGUGCAACUUCCGACUUGAUAUUUGUUGAUCCUUCAGUUGUUUCAAUAUUACUUGAUUCCAUCAAUAGAUCGACAUGCUCACAGGAAUGCACUUGUGAAAUUCUAUCUUGCUGUUGCAUGACAAAGCACCAUCAGGAUUUGUUGUAUAACUUGGGGGUCCUCGCACAGUUGGCUGAACUUCUUGUUUCAAAUAUUCUACGUGUUCAAUUAAAAGCACUUCACACUUUUUCAGUUUUGUGUUACUGCAAUGACAAUGUAUGCGAUGCUGUUUUAAAAGCUAGAACAAAAGACCGCUCUGUCGUAUCUGUGUUGGAGGAAAUGUUAUCCCGUGGUCAACCUGUGCAAAUUCAACUAUUAUCAGCAAAAUGCAUGACUUAUUUAUACAGAAGCGGUGCUGCACAUUGUCUUGAUAAAGAAGUAGUUUAUAAAAAGGUUUUGCCCUGCCUAGUCCGCAUGUGUGAUGCAUCAUCUGAUAUAGAGGAAAGAUUGGUUGGUGCAAGGACGUUAGCUUACUUGAUAGAGAAUGAACCAAAACUACAGAGGCAUGCACUCAUAUGUGAGCAAUUCCCAAAGAAAUUAGAAGCUUACUUUCGACAUCCAACGGCUGCAGACACCGGGAAUAUGGCUGAUAUAAGAAGAUUUAAGAAUGAGUUAGGGCGUGGCAACGAACUUCUAGAGUCAGUUUUCCUCGCGUAUGCUGCUCUACUGUCCAAUGAUGAAGACAUGAGAAAGAUUGUGUGUAAUGAAUCGUUGCUACAACACCUGGUACAAGCCAUGGACAAUUCAUCAGCUAAUGUUCGAAUAGCAGCGCUUAUAUGUUUGUUAAGUUUAUCAAGAUCGGUGCAAAUAUUACGAACUACAUUUGAAGAUACUGAGGUUUGGAAAGCAGUUUUAAAGAUCGCCCACAAACCACUGGUACCUAACGAUCCAUCUUCAAUGAAAGAGAUGGUAGCUGUGAGCGGCUUACUCUGCAACCUUCUGCUUGAGUUCAGUCCAUGCAAGACGAAAAUUCUCUCUGCAAAUAUACUACAGACCAUCAAGAAUUGGUGUGAAAGUGAGACGAGUCCAAACCUGAGACGAAACGCUGUUUGGUGUCUAUGUAAUCUUACAUUUCAGGCUGAAUUAAAGCUAAAGUUGGACGUAAUGACAUUGCUUGGCCAUGACGUGAUGUUUAAUUUACUUACAAGUACUGAUUACGAUGUGGUGACCAAAACAUUAGGAAUUCUCAACAAUGUAUUAACCAACAACGAACACACCGACACUGUUAUGGCUUUACAUGGUGACACGGUCAUGCAAGCAUGUGUUGUCGUCAUGGAAACGACUUCGCCACCCCUUCCUGCCACCUGGGCUACGUUAGGCGAACGUGAUGUUUCGUCUGCAGUCGCCACGCAUGCGCUGUGUGUGCUUAACUGCGUGGCUGCAGGUGACACGGGCACCGUUCGAAAAUACAUGCAUGAAAACGAAGACCUGUUGAGAAAACUAGUUGAGUUCGCAGGCCGUGCAGACGAAGAGCUCCAGACUGCAGCAGUAGCAUGUAUGUACACCUUAUGUGAAAGUGAAACGGCCGAUUCUGCAAUUAGAAAAGAGAAAUUCCGAGCUCUUGGAGCACAAGAUGUACUUUUAAAGCUUUCAAUAUCAGCCAGUGGUCCUAUGGCAGAAAGGGUGAAAUCGACUUUGCAAUUGUUUCAGCACAAACCGAAUUAAAACAGCAACGGUAUUGCAAAUAUCACAUUCAAAUAUAUCAGAUUAUUCAGUUUUUAUAAAUCAUGCUUCAAAAUAUCUGCCACUUUUUGCUGAACCUGCUGGAUUGUUGCAUUUGCUUUCAAACUGCUCUCAUGAAACUGUGCAUUCCAUCAUUGCAUCGUGUCAUGGAUUACUGAGGCCGUUAACAGUGUAGUGUAGACUGUAUAGGCAGUCGCUUGGAAAUUCAGCAACUCGUAGAAUUACCCGAUGUUGCUAAAGCCGUCGGUUUACCUGAAACAAUUCACCGUGCAGUUAUUAUUACACAAUCGUACAAAGA